AUAUUCAUUCUGUAGACAUGGGUUUUAUUGUACUUGGACUUCAGUUCCUUUGAUGCAGUAAAAUAUCGGCUCCAUCGCGCGGUGAUAAGAUUUUUUGGGUUCUGUUUAGGAGUUUACAACUUAUAUUACAACAUCAAUGUUUAUCCUCAAGUUACCCUUUAGAUUAUCAUAAAUUCACAUUUGAGAUAUUACCAUCUUGUACUGUCACCAAACUACAGAAUUCAACUCAUUAUCCAGCUAGCCACAAUAUUUUGAAAAGUCCGUCUUAUCUCGGGAUUUAUUGGCCGGACGUAAUUUUCAAUUCCCCAUUCCAUAUUUUUUUAAGUAAUCCUUACCUCUAAAUUCGUCAUAGUCACGGAUAUUCGCGUUGGGAACCCCCUUAGUUAAGAUUUAAGAUGCGGAUAUUUGUCGUGACAAUAAUUCUCGCGUUGAGUAGUCUCGUCGUUACUGAUGUUUACAUGCAGAACCCUCGAGGAUCCAAUAACCGGUUGAACGAGAAGACAUCAAACAGGGAGAAUGCCAACAGGCUGUUCGACUCACAGAACAACAACAAGGGCGGUUACAACACUGGAGAUAGACUGGCCAGUAAGGCUGGAGAUAAUCCACAGAGGAUUUAUAACAUGAAAUACUACGCAAGUGGACCCACCACUAAGGAAGGUACCAAACUUAUGGUAGAAUGGACAAAUCAGCAUGGUUGUGGGGAGGACCACUCCAAAAUGAACUGCAACGUUGUGAUACAGUACAUGUGCCAGAGUAAUGGUACUGAUGAAGAUUACCCUGUUAGUAAUGGUAGUGACGAGGAGAAAGUUAUAAAACGUAUUUUCUACCUGCGGGACGGAACCAGCACUGAUACACAGAAAUUCGACGAUCCAAGGAAGAAGGAGUCGGAUGAUAAAUACGAUGCCCGAAUGUUGAAAAACUACGUAACAAAUUCUGAUAAGACAGACGGCCUACAUGAAACAGUUUAUUGGUACGACCAAUGCAAAUACAGAGAAGCUAACGGAGGGCUGUUCACAGCGGAUCAGGAUCUUGAAGAUGACGAUAUAGGGUAUGUAACCUCUACCAGAACAAGACAGAACAACGAUGGGGACAGAAGUGGAUACGAAUGCCCCGAGGAGAGGGACUACUUCCCUUACUGGCAGCCUACACUGCAAUCCGAAAGAUUAAAUCGCUUCCAAACUACGCCGUGGAUAGAUCUUGCCUGGCUGGGAGACACUGAAAAGUGCGAUUAUAUCAAGAAAAACUCAUUCAAUCGUAACUCGAAAUGGAGAUGUGUAUUCGGUGGCGCCGCCGCUCUCGAAAAGAGGAGAAGUCGCAGUCACAAGAAAAAGUCCAGUGACGACGAUGACGAAGAUGAAGUGAAAAGAAAGUAUGGUAGACCUAUCUCUGAGGAAAGCUGUACCGCCGAGGGAGGGAGUUGGGUUGAGUUCCUCUCUUAUCUGGAGGUCCUGAAGGACGUAACGAGCGAGAGCGCUUGUGCAGCUGCCCGGAGUAAAGAUAAGAGAAACCAGAUCUCCUGGAGUAAACUCAGGAGUGACGAUGCAGCUGAGGUUUGUGUAGUCCAAGCUCCAGAAGUGAUGUGUGGAGCCGCUCCCUGGAGUAGAGUCAACCAUCUCGGUAAUGCUGGAGGUCCCGGUCCGUCACCCAACGCCUCCAGAGUUGAAGUGGAUAUGCCUCACUUCCCCAGUGGAGAUGCUAAACGCUGUGUGCUGCGACUGCGCUACAACAUUUCAACAUCCGACUACGACGGUUGGAAUACUGAUGCCAGUUCCAACAAUGAUGAUGAUGUUAUUGAGAACGACCCUGAGAUAGAUGUGUUGGGUAACGGCGAGGAGAUGGAACUGGCACUGAACACAGCUCAAACUGGUCGUACCUUCCAGGACAGAUCACAUGUUUUCGAGGUGUUGCCGAGGAUGGACUCGAUGGAUGGCAAGACCAUUCACAACCUGAAUGUGCGUGGUAAGCGGGGUAAUAUUGUACAAACGUUCCCGGCUACGGAAUACGACUUUAUACCAGACAGACUGGUCGUUAAAAAAGAUACUGAUUUGGUGCACGUGCAGUGGACAGGUUCAAACACCCAUGACAACAACAAUGAUGGAGACGCAGGAGAAGGAAAAGAUGGUACAGAUCGCCACAACCUGUUGGAGAUGACCUCUCUAGAUGAAAGUUACCCUUUAAAGAUCACGGAUGCGGACUUCUGGAGCGGUGUACAGUCCUUAACAGACACUGGGGCAACUGGCGAGGAUAUUGCUGUUGGACUUGCUACUUCUGGCUUCUACUGCGCAAAAAGGGAGACAGACCAAUGUCCUGCUUCAUUGUCUUUGGCUAAGAAACGCAAACUAGAUGACAAACUGGACAAUGCACCAGCAAGCUACUUUGGUCACGUUCUCAAGUUUACAAAGGCUGACACCUUGUUCUAUAUGUGUUCCAGAAACAAUAACUUCUCAAACAGGUCACAGAAGGGAGCCCUUUGGGUUGAGGACUAAUGGAUAUAAGAACUUGAGGAUCCACGACACACGUUCCACAAGUACAAAGUCAAAGAUAGCUUACUCCUGAGCUUCAUAGACAUAUAUACAUUACGGAUGAAAUAUCGACCAAGAAAUCGUAUUUUAAUGUGCACAACCUUAUAUGUUUCAGUUCAAUGCAUUAUUUAUUACAUACAAUUUAUCUUUUUACAUGAUUUACUC